AGAACAUGAGAAAUACUUUAAAGAACAUAUUUGUGCAUAUUAUAAAGAAGUAAGUUUAUACCGAAUAAUGAAUAACGAGUUUAAUAUCUUAUUUAGUAAUGUACCGUCUUGUUUAUUAAUUUAUAGAACUAGUUAUAGACCGAGUAAUGAGUAGCAAGUAGUUUAAUAUCAAAAACAAGACAAGUAUUAUUUUUGCAAGUAACAAGUAUUAUUUAGGAAGUAACUAAUAUUUUAUAGAAAUAGAGGCAAGUACUGGAAAAUGAAAUGAUAUUUGAUACUUACUUUAAUUUGUCUUUGCGAAUAAUGAAAUUUGUUAUUCGACUUGACAACAUCGAAUACUUAAAUUUUCAAAACGGGUACGAAUCAAAUAAUAGACAUAAAAUAAAUACCGAGUAAUGAUGCGCAGUCCUGGCAAAUUAAAUGAUAGUAUACUUCAUAUUACACUCCAUAGAAUAGUCUCUCACACUUUUUUUUUUGAAACAGUCUCGUACUUUUAAAAUCGACUUUGGGUGCAGAAAACAAAAACGUGUUGGACAGAACCAACCCAGGAAUAUGUGAAAUUUCGUUCGGAACCUCAUCCCAAACUUCCUUUUAAAAAGUCGAGUUUUUAAUAAAGUCAAGUUUAUUUAUUGUUCAGUGCAGGACACGUGAAGAAUCAACAGCGACUUGUAGCGCCCAAGACUUCGUCAUGGUUUAGGUUCCUCGCAAUCUUUUUGUCGUCAUAAGGAAUUAACAACGACUACUUUCAGUACGUUUUCUUCAAGUAAGUUUCUAAUUUCGUAAUGGAAUAAUUUUCUAAAAUUGCACUUGUUGACAAAACUAAUUUACUGUACAAAAGGAGAUUCCCAGCAAAAAAAAAAUUAAAAAAGAGAUUCAUGGAAAAUAUGACGCUUGAGAUUUUUCCUUAGCAGAAAUCACACACACACACACAAAAACAUUGUUUAGGUCUCUUUGAGGUGGAUACGCGCCCACUCUUUGAAAAUAUUUGUAUCAAACUUAAGGGAAUAAAAAAGUGGAUUAAGCAAUUUACUAGUUUGCAUUAUUUAAAACGUAUACAUGUCAUGAUCAACACAUAGCUUGGAGUAAUAUUUACUACUAUUUGAUCAGGCAUCCUGGAACCAUCCGAUCAGGUAUCCUGGAACCAUCCGAUCAACAACGUCUUUAUCCCUAUCUAUAUGUGAAAAUAUAUAACUCAUCAAAAGUUAUUUUAUUUAUUCACUUUUCACCCCACCAUGUAAAGCUGAUCAAUACAAAGCAUAGAGUAAUAUUUACUACUCUUUCGUUUCUUAGUAAUUAACAUUUUUAACGGAGAUUGAAAAAUUGUAUAAUAAACUAAGAUAUUAUUAUUUAAUAUAUUAAUAAUUAUACGAAAUGAAUUAAAUAAAAAUCUAUUAGUAAUUCAAAAGGGUAAAAGAUCAACUUAAUGUAAAAAAUAAUAUUGGAAUUGUUGAAUGAUAUUUUUUCGAAACAAAAAAAUAAAGCUAAAGAUUACUACUCUCUCUGUUCCGGUAAAAACACGUGUAUUAAAAAAAUCAUUGUUUUGUCUAGAAAAUAUCAUUAAAACUAUAACUUAAUGUUAUUCAACCAAUUACAAAAUAGAUUAUCAAAUAUGAUUGGUUGCACAGUUUUUAAUAAAGUAACAAUGCCUAGAAAUAUGAAAACAUCUUAUAUAUUGAAACAUCAAAAUUCUUUAAAACAUCCUACAUUUAGGAAGAGAGGUAGUAUUUUUUUAUGUAUAAACAUAUUUCAGAAUCUUUUUUUACAGUUUAUAUUUCAGAAAAAAAAAAUUAAUUAAAAGUGAUUUACAGUUGUCUUGUCCCCAACAGUUGGAUUGCUAGAAAAAAAAACACACCGAGAAUUUCCGAGAAAGAAUUAUAAAACUUCGUAUAAUGUGAGUUGCAACCACAGAAAAAUCCGCGAGAGUUCGUCGGUCAAUUUGUAACAACACCUAUAUAUAUUAACGUAACAUUCAUGUUCUCCCUCACUUCACGAAACAAAACAAUAAGGAAUCAAUCUCCUCUGCACAGGAUUGGACUUAUAAACAUAAACACACAUAACAUCAAACACCAUGACGUAUUCAACAAUGAGACGGUCACUGGAGAUUGAGUUAAUAUCAGCGGAGGGACUCAAGGUAGAUCGAAAACCGGUGAAGAGAAAGACAUUCUGCAUCGUCAGAAUAGACCAGGAGAGUAAGGCUUGUAAACCGGAUGAACUGGGUGGAAGUUAUCCGGUUUGGAAAGAUAAGAUCGAGAUGGACAUGGCGAUGAACGGUAGUGUAAGGUUUAUCUCCAUCGAGGUGUUAUAUAAAACAAGUGGUGGAGCUGAAAAGAGUGUUGGGCUCGCUAAGAUUCCAGUGACGGAUUUCAUGGGAGGUUUUGCUCCUCAAGGGCAUUUAAACUUCUUGAGUUACAGGUUGAGAGACGAUUAUGGGGACAAGAGUGGGAUCAUAAAUGUGUCAAUAAUGGUGAAGCCUGACGGUAACGGUUUAAAAUACACAUCGCCUUCUAUGGCGGCUCCAGCGGAUUAUGCGGCGUGUUCUUCACAGGCGGCGGUGGCGGCUAAUGGUCAAAUGUGGAGACCAAGGACAUCUUCAUCAAUGGCGUUGACGACUGGUUAUAGAGGUCGUGUAGUAGUAACAGGAGUUCCUGUUUGGGGUGCGUAUCCACGGUCGUCCUAAGUUCUUGUUUGUACAUGUUUGUCUGAACAGAUUUUCUUAAUGUUUUGUUUGCCAUAUAUGUAUUCCUCAAAUGGAAACACGUUAGAAUAAUCAUGAUUGGUAUAUAAAUAAGUAUUAUGAAAUAAAAAUAAGGUACAUUUUAUCUCUGAAGUCUUUUGACAUGAAUUUUAUUGAUCAAGAAUCUUAUUAUCUGAACCACUAUAUCAAAAGCUAUUGACAUAAUACAUAUCAAAGCCUGACACUUAACUACAUGCAAAUUCUUGUUGACCAAAAAUAAAGACAAUUUCAUGGAACAUAUUGUGUUAAGUGUUAACCCGACCAGCCAUCUUUAUACUUCGCUUUGAAACCAUUUGUUCAUCAUGUUACUUCAAAACCACUACAGAUAAGAACCGAUAGCAUCUAGUUAAUUAUAUUCAAUAAAAUAUUGAUGUAAUAUGAAAACUGUUAGUUACAUGCAAUUACAAAGUGAUAUAUAUUCAAUACGUUGUAGACAUGUAACCUAUGCUAGAACUUCACACUCACAUGACAAGACGUGGGAUCAUUGACUGAAAGCCAUGUCAACGAAUGAAGUUUUAGAAUCAGACCAAUGAUGAUUUCAGAUACAUGGAAACGUGCACAACUAAGUUUGAUUUUUAUACAAGGACUUAUAAGAGGAGCACAUUACUC